GCCGCCGCAGCCGCCCUUCCGCGGCGGGGGCGGGUCGGGGGCGGGCCGGGGGCGGGGCUGCGCGCGCAGCGGGGCAGGGCGGAAGCGCUGCCAGGCGUCCGGAGUGGAGCUUCCAGGGUCUCUGGGUCGCCAGCGCGCGGGCGCGGGGCUGGAGCCGGCGCCGGGCACGGCAUCGGGGGCCUGGACUGCACGGCCCGGCAGCAGGCCGGCCAUGGAGCCAGGCAGCGUGGAGAACCUGUCCAUCGUGUACCGGAGCCGCGACUUCCUGGUGGUCAACAAGCACUGGGACGUUCGCAUUGACAGCAAGGCGUGGCGGGAGACUCUGACCCUGCAGAAGCAGCUGCGGUACCGUUUUCCCGAGCUGGCCGACCCUGACACCUGCUACGGGUUCAGGUUCUGCCACCAGCUGGAUUUCUCCACCAGCGGGGCGCUGUGCGUGGCCCUAAACAAGGCAGCCGCCGGCAGCGCGUACAGGUGCUUCAAGGAUCGGCGCGUGACCAAGGCUUACCUGGCGUUGCUGCGGGGGCACAUCCAGGAGAGCCGGGUAACCAUCAGCCAUGCCAUUGGCAGGAACAGCACGGAAGGCCGAGCCCACACCAUGUGCAUCGAGGGCUCGCAGGGUUGUGAGAACCCAAAGCCAAGCCUCACAGAGCUCGUGGUUCUGGAACACGGGCUGUACGCAGGCGAUCCUGUCUCCAAAGUGCUGCUGAAGCCGCUCACGGGCCGGACACACCAGCUGCGCGUGCACUGCAGUGCCCUGGGCCACCCCGUGGUGGGCGACCUGACCUACGGAGAGGUCUCGGGCCGGGAGGACCGGCCGUUCAGAAUGAUGCUGCACGCUUUCUACCUGCGCAUCCCCACGGACACCGAGUGUGUGGAGGUCUGCACGCCUGACCCCUUCCUGCCCUCCCUGGAUGCCUGCUGGAGCCCCCACACACUGCUGCAGUCGCUGGACCAGCUCGUGCAGGCCUUACGGGCCACCCCCGACCCUGACCCCGAGGAUAGGGGCCCCAGGCCAGGCAGCCCCUCUGCACUCCUGCCUGGGCCCGGCCGGCCUCCUCCACCCCCAACCAAGCCCCCUGAGACUGAGGCACAGCGGGGCCCCUGCCUGCAGUGGCUGUCGGAGUGGACGCUGGAACCGGACAGCUGAGAGCCAUGGGGCUGGGGCUGGGGGUGUCAGCUGCACAGCAGGACUCUAGGGAGAUGGGCGAGCGAGCGUCUGCUUACUGGCUCUGGGGCCUCAAGGUGCCAGGCAGCAUCAGGACCACUGGGUUGCCCUGGCCAGGCCUGCGAGGAAGGGCUGAGGUGGGGCCGGCAGGGGGCGCCAGGCAGCCGUGAUCACAGGUGACGACCGCACUGCGGCCGGCCGUGGGACUGAUGCGGGAUCCCGAGGGCCUUCCUGCCCACAUGCCCCAGGAGAAACCGAGGCCCCUCCCUCCUCCUGGAACAGCUUCCGGCUCUCAAGCUUCACCCCAGGAGCGUUAGUUUUACGGACUCAAGGUCACCCCAGGAAGAGGCAGGGCCAGGUUUUGGGAUAGGCUUUGCCUGCAGGAUAGGCUGCUCCUGGGCCUGGUGAGCUACUGCCCCCAACCUACCCUCUAGAGGGGCUGGGAAGGGCCGUUCUGGGCUCACCUGGCCUGGGAGACCCAUCUGGUCCCUGCGUCCUCUGCCCCUCACUGCUCUGUGCAGAUCCUGUCGCCCUCAGCUGCCUCCUCCCGAGACCUAACGGUCCCUGCUGGGCUCGAGUCUGCAGGCCCGGCUGCGUGUGCCUUGGCCUCCCUGUACCCGUGGUUCCCCCUUCACCCGGAUUCUGAGCUCAGUGUGGUGUUUAGUGCAUGGGGGUUGGUCAGGGGCCAUGGCCAAGGCCCUGCCACGCACGCCCAUCCCUCAGAUCCACUGUGAGCACCAACCUGCUGCAGUCUCUUGGGCCCCUGCUGGCAGCUCUGCCACGUCACUGCUUGCCUGGCUCCCACACAGCCACGCAUUGUCACUCUGCCUCCGGGACCCCAGCUUGGGAGCUGUGGGUCUGCCAGGUCCCACCUCCUCUGUCCCCCAUGCCACAACCUGGGCUCCUGGCUACAGCAGGGCUCCAGGGACUCCAAAUAAAUGUUCAGUGACUGGCUCCAA